AUGCCAGACAAUACAGCUGCAAUUCGAUCCUUCUGGAUCGCGGGAGAUGCAACCUACGAGGGCUGUGAAAUUAGCUGGAACACAGCAUCACAUGCCUUUAUCGUCUACGACCCUCUACUUUUCAGACCUCCUAUCAUACAAGAAUCAUUUCGGUCGAUCCAGAAAGUCCUCCACGAAUCCGUCUCGCCAUCAUGCUUGACACUGGUACUGAAUUUGAAAUGGAUCCCCGAGGAGAAAUCGGUGAAGUCUCCUAGACUAAUUUUCCUUUUCAACGACGUCUCAUCUGCUAUUGAGUUUCACAAAGUCCUCCUUCCACUUGACAGAGACUAUGUCAAGAAUACAACUGGUUGCUCGUGUCGCGAAUCCUUAGGUUCUCAAAAGAUAGAGGCAUCACCUCGAGCUGGUGAUAAGAGAGCGCACGAUGAAGAUGACGAGGAGCCAGCCACUAAGCGAUAUCGUCCAGCAUUCUUCACCACCCUCAAGAUUGCGCCACACCUCCAACCACGACUUGCUGAACUUCUAGCAAAGACACCGCAGCCUGCGGUCACAGUUCACAAAGCUCAAGCCUGUAAUGACGAUGAGGUGGAAGAGGAGGAAGAGGAUCAAGAGGAUACUAUUGUCAUAGGUACUCCCCUUGGUCCCAAUCGUCGCCAUGUUUGGCCUCCUCUGCGACCCUUUCGAUUCGUGGAAGAGUUUGUCGAGGUUAGAGAAGAGAAUGGAAAAAUGAAAUUGGAAAAGAGAGAGCUCCAAGAGAAGAUUGUCGGAUUGCAAGGACAAGUCGCCGUCGCCAGAGCCGAGCAGUCUCUUGCUGCAACGCAAUUGACUCAACUUCAAGCAGACAUUCAGCUAUUGAAAGAUUUGGUUGGACGCAUCACAAGACCGCUGAUCCAACUUGACGUCGACGGCUAUUUGACUCGAAUAAAAUGGGGCGAGGAUCCAGAUGCCGCAAUCAAGAACUCACAUCUUUAUUGCUGGGGUUCGUGGAUGAAGAACGACGGUGACGAUGCUGCUCCGAAAGUCACCAUAGAGUGA